UCCCAAGCAUCCAUCAACGCGGAUCAGGGCGAGGAGCACCGCGACCACAGAGAGUCCUGGAAGGAGAAGACGGCCCACAGAAACUCCACCACCAGCGACCAGUCAGAGCACCCGCUGCUGAGGAAGAAGAGCAUGCAGUGGGCGCGGCGGCUAAGCAGGAAGAGCAACAAACCCACGAGCAAAGCGGAGCGGAUUUCACAGCAGAGGCUCAACCUGUAUCGACGCUCCGAGCGACAGGAGCUCUCUGAGCUCGUCAAGAACCGCAUGAAGCACCUGGGCCUGCCCACUGUGGGAUACGAGGAUGUUUCUAAUCUCACAGCGAGCGAUGUCAUGAAUCGAGUAAAUCUAGGAUAUUUACAAGAGUUGCAGGACAUUUCAGAGCAGCCAUAUACAGAGGGGACGAGGCCGUCAGGUUAGAUGGUUGAUCACAGAUUUGCAACUUCACUGCAUGAGUGUGAGUGUGGGUGUGUGUUUGUGUGUGUGUGUGUGGGUGUGUGUGUUUGUGUGUGUGUGUGUGUGUGUGUGUGUGUGCGUUUCCCUGCCAGAUUGAGUGGUAGUUCAGCAGCCAAACCUCUCACUCUCCUAUCUCUGUUUAUCCGCUCUUUUGCUGCAUUGUGUUCCUGUGAGGUGACGUUUCAAUGGCUAGAGUCCUGCAGGACAUCGGAGUCUGGCUUAAAGAGUGGAGUGGAGUGCAUCAAGUCUGUGGAUGGAAGUUUAAUCCUCAGGAAGAAAAUAAAUAUCUGUGAACGGAGCGUAAAAACUCUGAGAGAACAAUAAAAGAUAUUUUCUUUCGACACCACCUGCACAGCUCAGAGUGCUAUAACCUUUUGCCACGGUCACACCCCCUCACCUUAUCAAAACUGUGCUUUGGAACAUAGGCGUCGCAAUAAUAGUAAGUGAAGGGGACCCAACGUCGGACUGCCUGCACCAGGUUAGACAGGAGGAAGAUGACACUGAAUUCCUGAAGCGCAGAUAUUCAAUUUUAGAGUGAAACGAGCUUCCAGCUGUAGUGGAACACAGCCUGGGUGAAGACAAGUACAGACACAAUGGGCAUUAGGAGAUUCUUUACAAAGAAGCAGAAGGGUAUUUAUUCAAGAAUAAUAUGUAAAAUUUAAUCCAUAAAAUCAUCCAUAAAGUUGGGGGGUAGUACUAUACUCAGAUAAAUAUUUUA